AACUAAGACCAGGACGGUUGGAAGGAGGUAGAUUUCUGUUCAGAUGCGAAUACUGAGAUGAAGCUGGGUGGGCCAACCACGCCUUCAGCCCCAGCAGCUGGAGCUUUCCCUGCAUCCAGGAUCAGCUUCUCCAGCCUUCUUCUUUCAGCAAACGAGGAUUCAGCGUCCGGUCCUUCGGAACGGGAACUCACGUGAAGCUUCCAGGACCAGCACCUGACAAGCCGAACGUUUAUGAUUUCAAAACCACUUACGACCAGAUGUACAACGACCUCCUUAGGAAAGACAAAGAACUCUACACACAGAACGGCAUUCUGCACAUGCUGGACAGAAACAAGAGAAUCAAGCCCCGGCCAGAAAGAUUCCAGAACUGCAAAGAUCUGUUUGAUCUGAUCCUCACCUGUGAAGAGCGAGUGUAUGACCAGGUCGUAGAAGAUCUGAAUUCCAGGGAGCAAGAGACUUGCCAGCCCGUGCACGUGAUCAACGUGGACAUCCAGGACAACCACGAAGAGGCCACCCUGGGGGCGUUCCUCAUCUGUGAGCUCUGUCAGUGCAUCCAGCACACUGAGGACAUGGAGAACGAGAUCGAGGAGCUGCUGCAAGAGUUCGAGGAGAAGAGCGGCCGGACCUUCCUGCACACCGUCUGCUUCUACUGACCACUGCCCUUCCAGAGCCAUCUUUUUCCUGCACACCGUCUGCUUCUACUGACCACCGCCCUGCCCAAGCCAUCUUUUUGAGCUUCUUUUUGUUAAUACUUCUUCCUUCCUGAUACUUGGUUUCACCUUUCCCAGUAGCAGCACCCAAAUAAACUGUACAUAUGAAAUGAGAGGAUAGACGUAAGUGCGGAUGAAGAGCAAACAAGUUUUCCUGUCCCACUUGUGCUCAGGAGUGGGAUACUGAUUAUAUAAAGUGUUUUUUCCUUUACUCAAAAAAGAAAAAAACGGUUUAUAGCACAUUUCUCCCAAUACAUCUGCCUUUCGCUGAGCAUCCUUCCUAUGUCCCCUAACUGGCUGGAAUGUACAAAACCCCAAAUAAAGCAACAGGUGUACUUCGGGGGAGAGAACCUGCAAUUACCCAAUAAACAGAUGCUGCCGGU